CCGAACCUCAGCAUGCACAUGUACAUGUGCUAUUGUAACUCAGUGUGUGCAUUGUCCCACCAUUGCAAUGCAUUCAACAAUACCACAGCUUGGCUGCAGUCUCUGACGUAAUCAGGCGGCUAUUGUUCCCUGAUCCCUCCUCGUUGGCCCCCUCGUGCACCCCUAGUGGGUGACUGACCAUUCACUGUUGCGUAGAUAGACACACAAACUCGAAGCUUAAGCGCAUUCUCAGCGGCUGUGUCAUGGAGAGUGUAUAGCGUUCGUGAUGAUUCAAGUAUAACCAUCAUCAUUUCCUGGUUCAACAUCUCAGACUGAACCCGAAAUACAUCAUUCGUCUUCAGCGCCCUUCUCAUCGUGGCUUGAGGAAAAUGAUUCAAGAAUUUCGAAAACGAACUUCACUUGGUGUAGAAUAUAGUUGGAAAUCUCAACUGCCGGUGUGAUAUGUGUUAGCUGACUUGAAACUUCAAGAACUCUGCUGAUGUCCUUUGGAAUAAUAUAGCCUAGGCUCAUCGUGUAGGGCCUACAUCUAUUAUGUAAAGUCUGGCAUCUGGGAGAGUGAGCUCAGCGAAAAAUCGAAUUCAUUUUACUCUGUGACUAACCGGGACAAAUAUGCGUUGAGUCUGUACUGGAGCCUUUGCUCAGAUUUAUGCCCAUACGUGAAGCUUUCUGUGGAGUUUGGAGAACCGACUCGGUCAUCAUCAGUCGCAGAGACUGAGCACCACGACACACUCAUCCUUGUCACCAACAGAUAGAGAACUUUGAUAUGUACCACACACCGCUUCACUACAUGCAAACUUUUAUGAUUUAAAGGAAUUUCACAAAGUUCUGUGACUAAACGCUCAAGUAGUAGAGCAUUGCCUUUGGGCGCAAACACGUACAGCCUACGGAGCAAGGUCACUUUGUCCAGGCUGAAGGCCUAUUGCUAUUUUUUUCUCUGAAGCAACGACACAAUAAACCCAGCAAAUAAUGGUACAUAUACAGGACAUGUACGAUUAGUGACCGUGGUUGCAGCCUUGGUCAGCAAUAUCGACGGACUGUGUUACCCAAAAAUUGGUCAUGCAUAAAUUUCAAUCCACCAAAACAAUCGUUGAUGGUUAGCUGGUAAUGACUCGAGACACCAUACCUGUGUAUUGAAAAGUUUCUCGUUACAAUCGCUUUAGUGUGCAGUCCACAUAGCGAUUUGCGUUGUGGGAAUAACAACAACACAGCCUGACCUUGUUUCGCCAAGUCAGACUGGGACAGUCGGUCGUGAAUAACAAACUUUGAUUUCAAAUCUGAAAAUCUUUUGAGAUGGCGACUAUGCUAUGGCCACACUUACUUGUGAUGGCUAUGAUGGCUGAUUUAUAUUUCGAUGGAACGACAGCCAACACUAUCGUCGAAACCAGAGGGACUUCCAUCUGUACUUACCGGAUCAAUAACAGGCAGCUCAGUAAUCCUAACUGCCUCCUUGACAACCAAGACUUUGCAGUUGCCCUGGCAGUAGAUGCAGAUGAAGAGUUGAUCUUCUUCUCCGAUAUUGUCACCCGGAAGAUAUUUCAGUACAGACGUGAUCAGCAGCCUGUGCAACUACUGUAUGGUUUGGGUAGCGUUGAAGGUAUUGCUGUAGACUGGCGAGCAAAGAAUCUUUACUGGACAGACUUCCUGUUAAGCUACGUUUGCGUGUCUCGAUAUGACGGCAGGGAUCGAUCAAUCAUCGUCAGUGAAGAUGUCUUAAAUCCUAGAGGCAUUGUUGUCGAUCCAUUUGACGGGUUCAUUUUCUGGACUGAUCUCCGUGGCGUGUCGGAUCAAGAAGGGCGGAUAGAGCGAAGCGACAUGGAUGGCUCGGGACGGUUCGCUAUCGUAGACGAGAAUCUCAUCUCUCCUAGCGGACUCGUCAUCGACUUCGAGGAGAAAAGGCUAUACUUUGCUGAUCGGGGAACCGACACAAUCGAGUCAGUAACAUAUGACGGGCAAGACCGCAGAGUUCUCUAUCAACGAAAUGGCGCCGACUUCUUUGAUAUAACUAUUUACGGAGGUGUCCUUUACGCUACGGUGUGGCAAUCUACGGUGGUAAACGGGUCUGUGAUGGCCAUCAGCAAGCAGGGUAAUGAUGAGGGACAAGUCCUACAAACUUUCCAGCAUCCAGACCAGGCCUUGGGGAUCGCAACACUGGAUGAGGAUUAUCAACCGGAGGAAAUGGAUGGAUUAACAGGCGCAUGUGGCGACAACAAUGGUCGAUGUGAUCAUCUUUGCUUACCGACCGGCGCAGCCAGACGAGCCUGCGCAUGUGCCACAGGUUACCAACUUGCCAAUGACAGGAAAUCAUGUGAAACCUACCAUACGACAGAACACUUCAUCCUAGUUGCCGACUCCUCACUCAACACUAUCUACCAAGUCGAUGCAGCCACUACCAGUUACAACGUCUCAGCCUUACCCCUAGGCGAGCUAGAUUUCCCCGUAGCUAUUGCCUACGAUCAUGUGGACGGGAUGGUGUACUGGACCGACCGGGCACUCUCAGCUAUCGGCCGGGCUAAGCUGGACGGGUCCAUGAAGGAGAGCGUGCUGUUUGGGAAUAUUAUCGAUCCGGCUGGUGUAGCUCUGGACACGAGGCGCCGCCUCGUGUACUGGACGGACGAGGAGAGGGAUGAGAUUGGAAUGGCAGGCAUGGACGGCAUUCUCGGCAGCAGGGUUUUCAUCGAUCAAGACUUGGACGAACCCCGAGCUAUCGCUGUGAAUUUGUUGAAUGGUGACGUCUACUGGACAGACUGGGGCGUGGUGGCCAAAAUCGAGCGGGUGUCAAGCGAUGGUACCAACCGAAAAGUUCUGGUCCAGCAGGACCUGGGAUGGCCUAACUGCCUGGCAAUCGACAGCCAAGAGGAAGUGAUGUACUGGUGCGAUGCGUUACACGGACGCAUCGAGAUGUCAGACCUAGACGGUACUAAUCGAAUGUACCUGGUGACUUUCAGCGGACCGGCUCACCCGUUCUCCCUUGCCAUCUAUGGCGACUUCAUCUACUGGACAGACUGGCUCAGACAUCGACUCUCUCGGGCCGACAGGUGGACGGGGGGAGAUGUGGAGGAAGUAGGCGAAGCCGAGUUCUUGCGGAUGCAGGGACUGGCUGCCUUCGAGGUUGCCGAGAUCUUUGCUGAAACAACAACUGCGGUGUCAGAAGGCAAAGGCGACUUCACCAAGUUCACAACCUACUCUCUAACGACGGCCGCACCACCGAUGAAUGGCGCCCUCAAUCUGCCCCUUGUAAUUGGUGCCAGUGGGGGCGGGCUUGCCUUGAUCUUGGUGGUCAUCCUUGUCUGUUGCGUUGUAAAAUGCGCACGGUCAAAAGGUGGCAGGGGCUCUGAUGACCACGUACCCAUGUCGGUCCGCAGCACGUCCUUCGUCGGUUCGUACGACCCAAGCGGUCUCCCAGGGCUAGGCCAAAUCAACAAUAAUCCCCCUGCCCUGCCUCCGGCCCGUAAGAAGAGUGACCCCAUCUAUGAGGACAUCGAUGAGUAUCAGAAAUCCAAAGGAGGCGAGGCCGCCUACCAGGCCUACCUCAACCCCUCCUUUGGAGGAGCGGAGGAUGACGAGAAGAAUACAAGGUACGUCAAGCGAAUCACACCGGAGAACUCUGCUAAGUGUGCUCCUCAAUCGACAGCGCCAGCACCACCAAAACAAACAGCGACAGCACUGCUGAAACAAACAGCGACAGCACCGCCGAAACAAACAGCGCCAGCACCGCUGAAACAAACAGCGACAGCACCGCUGAAACAAACAGCGACAGCACCGCUGAAACAAACAGCGACAGCACCACCGAAACAAACAGCGCCAACACCACUGAAACAAACCGCGACAGCACCGCCGAAGAAUCCAGCAGAGCCACGGUCAAAGGUCAAGAAACCAGCGCCUAAACCGCCCGCUAAACACGCCGCCAAGAAAGCCUCGACACGACCAGACGAGACCUACCUGACACCAAAUGUCCCGCCAGAACAGGAUUAUAUGGCCUUAAGGUUACAAGCACCGUAGGUCUUGUCGUACGUAUUUAAAGACACUGCCCGGUCUCACUAAUGAAGGUAAAUUUCUCAAGAACUUUUGAGCUUUUCUUGCUGUGCUUGACCAAGGAGAAGUCAACAUUUAACGCUGGAUUCUAUCCCGGCUGUAAGUUUAAAUUUCCAGGAAGUACCAAGCCGCCCAAAUUUAAAUCGAAUUUCAGACUUCAAACAUGUAUUAUAUAAUUGUGUCUUUUUGUUUACUCACGUGGUGGAACAUAGUCCCCGUAAAACUUGUUUUAGUUUGUAUCAGCGAUGCAAGAUUUUCCUUUCUUGUUGUAUUCUUUCAUCGGGAAGUUAACCACAUUGCAAGACCGUUGUUUAUGUAACACUAAAUGUUUACACCUCACAGUUCCGUUUAAGUUUAAACGAUUUUAUGUUAGCGUAAACGUUAUAGAAUGUAAUUUCAGCUUGUUGAUACCAGAUUGUUUGAAAUGGCCUUAUUUUAAAAAGUAUCCUAUUAGGCAGAGAAGCACGAGAUUAAUGUUAUUUAUCUUGGAGU